ACACUUCCUUUUCAAAAUUGGUAUUUGUUUAAUUUUUUUUAAAAUGAAACAAACCGACACAAAAGGUUUACACAAACAAACAACCUAAAACAUUCUUUCUUGCUUAAAGUACUUCCAAUUUUCUCACAAAGUUGAAACAUUUGGGAGUUAAUCCAAAAAAUGGAGGCGAUGAUGGAGUCCGGCGCCAACGGCGGGGGAGGAGGAGGCGGCGGUGGAGGGUUGAAGGGAAAAGGAAGGCCACAAGAGCAAUUGAACUGCCCAAGAUGCAAAUCAAGCAACACAAAAUUUUGUUACUACAACAAUUAUAGUCUCACACAGCCGAGGUAUUUUUGCAAAUCCUGCCGCCGGUAUUGGACGGAGGGUGGUUCUCUUAGGAAUAUUCCCGUCGGAGGAGGGUCCAGGAAGAACAGGAAACCGCACGGUUCGGUUUCUGGGUCUGGUUCGGUUCACCACCCUCAGCCGCAGCCGCAGGUGUAUCAAGCGCAGGAUCUGAACUUGGGGUUUGCAACGACGGCGGAGGCUACGACGGCGAUGGACAACGGCGGGCAUGGAGGGUUUGGUUGCUAUAUUCCGAAUUUGAUGCCGUAUUCGGGACGUGAGACGGCGGCGGUGGAAGAGAAUUCCGGUAAUAAUGGGUAUUGGAAUGGGAUGUUUGGUGGAGGGCCGCCGUGGUAGAAAUGUUUAGAGAGAUUUUUAAUUUUUAUAAUAAUAAUAAUUAUGAGAAGUAAUUUACAUCGGAUAUUUUAAAAGAAAAAAAAAAAAAAAGAAGAAAAUCAACAACAAAUUAGUGUAUGAAAUUAUUAAUUUGGGCUUUCUGAUUGAUUUCUACUUUGUAUUUUAUUUUAUUUUUUGAAUUUGAAUAUGGGUUUGGAUUGGUUUGAUGAAGUUCUUGUACUAAAAAUUAAAAACACUUCUCACUAACAAAGUGGUUUUCAUGUAUCAUUUUUCUCUUUAUUGAUUAUUACUAUGAUCUUAAUCA